CUUCAUGUCAAGAAUUAUGUCUCGUCUAAUUUGUAUUACAUAAUGUCAGUAGUACUUUUGGGGGCGUGCAUCCUGUUAUUUGAGACAAUUGGUAAAAAAAAAUCAAGAAAUCAGGUUGAGUGUCAUCAUAUUGCCACCUUGAUUAAGCGCAUGAAGUUAGCAACUCAUUCCGUGCUAUCUUGAGAAACCAAACGGUAUGAUGAUGUAUACUGGUGUGCAAUUAACAGUGAUACUUACCUCUGUGUUGUUGAUGCUUUUCCAGGGGACUAUUUCAUUCAAUGAAGAAGUAAAACCCUUUCAAUUUAUCCGUGUAAUUCCAACUACUAUUGAGGAGGUUGUAAUUUUGAAUAAUCUUGAAGAAGUAUACGAAGAAGAAAAUAAGGCAGUGUUCUUACGUUCAGCUGGCCCACCGGGCACUCCAACCGACAUAGUUGUUGAAGGGUAUAGCUUCGAAAUAUUUACUGAACAUUUGGAGUCAGCCGGUAUUCCGUACAUUGUUGAAAACGUUGAAGAAAAGCUCGCUGAAAAAUUAAGAAAACCACGUGACGUGAGUGACGCUGAAUAUGACCACACCCGGUACCACACAUACGAUGAGAUCACCGCCUGGUUGAAAACUUUGGUGCAAAGACACAACAAUAUCGCUUCAUUAUUUACAAUAGGAAAGACGUUUGAGGGUCGAGAUAUGUAUGUUAUCAAGAUUACGAGCGACACAGGUGGAAACAAGAAGCCAGGGAUAUGGAUUGAGGGCGGUAUUCAUGCACGUGAAAAAAUCGCUCCUGCAACUGUGGUCUUCAUUAUCCAGCAGAUACUGGAGCAGUACGGAAAUGAUAAUAUAGUGACAGAAUUAGUGGACGAAACUGUGUGGUACUUACUACCCGUUAUGAAUGUAGAUGGAUAUGAAUAUGCAAUGAUACCGAUGGAAAAUGUAACAUCUGUUCGAGAAUACUUCAAUAGUUUAGGAGUACCAAACAGAGAAGGCUGGGAAAAGCUGUUUUGGCGAAGGACCCGUUCUGUCCAUAACAACACGUCAUGCAUAGGUGUCGAUCCGAACAGAAACUGGGAUUUUAAAUGGAAAGUCUCUUUGCAUAUACUGGAGCAGUACGGAAAUGAUAAGAUAGUGACAGAAUUAGUGGACGAAAUUGUGUGGUACUUACUACCCGUUAUGAAUAUAGAUGGAUAUGAAUAUGCAAUGAUACCGAUGGAAAAUGUAACAUCUGUUCGAGAAUACUUCAAUAGUUUAGGAGUACCAAACCGAGAAGGCUUGGAAAAGCUGUUUUGGCGAAGGACCCGUUCUGUCCAUAACAACACGUCAUGCAUAGGUGUCGAUCCGAACAGAAACUGGGAUUUUAAAUGGAAAGCAUCAUCACCAACUUUCUUCGCCGACAAUGAAACAAAAUGUUCGCCUAUUAACCCUGGACCAAAACCCUUCUCUGAGGUGGAAGUAAGGAACGUAGCGAACUUCCUGCUAGAGCACCCGUAUAUCGAUGCUUACGUUUCUAUGCAUAGUUAUGGUCAAAUAUUUUUAUUCCCGUGGUGUUGGACAUUAGACAAACCAGAACACUAUGACGAACUUUCCAAAUUGGCAGAAAAGGCGAGCAAUGCUAUAAGAAACGUCUACGGAACCAAUUAUACAUACGGGUCUGUGUCGGAAACGAUAGGAGGAAACAAGUUUGUCAUGCACGGUUGUUCCUGUGACUGGACGUAUGAGGUUGCAGGUAUUACUUAUUCAUACGGGCUUGAACUACGAGAUAACGGUGUAUAUCGAUUCUUUCUACCGGAAGAUCAAAUUGAGCCGACUGGAAUAGAAACAUUUGAAGGAAUUAAAGAAAUUGCCAAACAUUUAAUCAGUCUUGAUCGUAACGCGGCGACCUGUAGUCUACCGUCUCUUCCGAUUUGGAUGUUGACCCGCCUGUGCUUUAUGGCAUUCUGUGCUGUCGUCUGCUGCAGAGCAUAACAUAACAUUCAAGGGAAGCAAGAUAUCGUUAUAUUAAUUACAAACACAGACGUUGUUUGGCACCGUACGACUAUUAUUAUUAUUUUUUCUCAAUAUUUUACGGCACCUGUUAGCUUAUUAGCACGGUAUAUAAGAUCUUGCCUGCCUAAUUCUUGUCUCAGUUGCUGAUGUGUCGUUGAUACGACGAAAUAUUCAACACUACUCUUGUGGAUUAGCAUCACUCUUAAGGUCACAUACGUAUUCUCUUUUAUUAUGAGAGUGCAAAAUCAAGCUACCGUAUAUUUAUUUAACUUAUAUUAAUCAAUCAGCAUACUAUUUCUGAAGCUUCUCAUCGGAGCUAUUAACAAUACAAUAAUUGGCCCUAACGGCCGCCCACACAAAAAGAUCUAUUAAUCAAUCAACCAAGUGUUUCUAGAGCUUCUCAUCGGAGCUUGAUAAUGAUAAUGAUAAAGAUAAUUGGCCCUAGCCACCACCCAUACAAAAAAAGAUAUAUUUUGCAAUCAGCACAAAAAAGACCUAUUAAUCAAUCAUCUGGGCAUGGACCUAUUAACUGGGUAUUUCUAGAUACAUGGAGCUAAAAACUCCCUGCUAUCGAAAACUUUAAGAUUGUUCAUAUUAAUACAAAGUCUCGUUUCAGUGGACACUAUAAUCUAAAUUCAAUUCAAGUACUAAAUGAUAUUUGAUCUCGCCUACAACAUCGGAACCUAAUCUUACUCCCUGUUAAUAAUACCAAUUCCUGUACCGUAGGCCUACAUAUUUGAAUUUCGUCUUCAUACCCGUGACUGUUAAGUUUAUGUACCUCCUUUUGUUAUAUAUAUACCAUCUCAUCGGCGCGGAUGACAAAAAUAAAAUUAUGAAUUACGGAUGUUUGAUGAUAUAACAGUGAAUAAAUAUAUAAAUAUAACAUUUUCUAUGAAUUUUUCAUAAAAUGUUUGAACGAAUUUAGAAGAUUACGGUAGUUAUUUGCUUAUUAUUAGCUAGAGGCCAAGUUAGUUGGCCUAUGCAUACGUGUUUGUUUAACUUAUAGUUUGUUGUCAUCAUAUACAGUAAUAAGUUGUUAUUAACUCCAUAGGUAUACUAUAUAUAUUAUUAUUGUGUGUAUGAAUUUGUAUGUUUAUAAUAAUAAAAUUGUUUACUCUAAAA